UUCAUCAUCCUUUUUGCUGCGCUUGGUUUCUACUUUAUUGUGCGCUACCACCGGAUAGGAAAAUCGUAAUAACACGUGCCAAUAUCAAUCGUUUCUCGUGAAGAAAGUGUCCCUCCGGUAGUGCGUCGCAAAGUGCAACAACAAUGGUGGUAGAAACCGCGUGGAAGCGCCAGCAAUCGAUACUCGUCUGAUCGUCGUCGUCAUCGACCUUGAAAAGUGUAUGUGCAAGAAACUCCUUAGCCGUUCUUGAAGAAAACAGACCAACAGCUCAACAUAGCCACGGGAGUGAUUACUGUAAUAGCACCUUCGCAGUUCGAAGCAAUAGCAAAAUGUGCAAUAUGUUAACUCUGGUGCAGAAAAGCGAGCAAGUGGAAACUACUACUUACGAAAUCCGCACGUCGCACGGGUUUACGUCAUAUCUGACGGCGCUUAUCAGUCGCUAGAUGGGACCACGGUGAAGCAGUCGUAGCGGUAUAUUUGUGGCAGUUCCGGGUCGUCGCUGCACGGCAACGAACGAACGAACAAAUUUACGCGCACUAGCUUCCCUCCCCGAAACCGAAGAAAAACGCAGGAGAGUCCGCGGAGUGUACGAAGCAAUAGGCAGCGAACGGCAUCACAUUCACCUCCUCCAAUAGUGAAACUCCGGAGCGGACGUAUGGAAGGAACCAGUAAUUGUUGCAAACAUCGCGCCGGGAAAGAUAUUGUUGCUCGGUUGCUAUCCGCGUUGUACAUAAUGUAUAUAUUCUGUAUUGCUUUCAACCACCCUUUCUGUCCUACGCCUGUCGUGUCGUAAGUCUAAAGAAGUAAACACGCCUCGUUUAGUUACUUGUUUCCCGCAACGAGAAGUCUGCAGGAAAGUCACACCUUCCGGAUCAGGAGAUCUGGAACCAGCAGGACACAGCAGUAGAGCACGAUUUCACAAAGUGUUCAAAUCGUGUCUGACUACUUACGGAACAUCCGUCUAAAGGUAGCAAUAAUAUUAAUUACUGAUAGCGUGGGAACGCUGCUGAAAAGAAGACAACCGAGAGCAUUAUCGGUUCGAGAAGACACAUACUUGUACCAACCACUCGUCAGCAGUUGCCAUGGCAUCCUCACUGAAGAACCACAAAACGGCCGCCGUUGCUGCAGCAGCCACAGCUGGUGCCGCCGGUACCGGAAAAGGAAACUUUGGAUGGUUGGCACACGUGAAGUACGAACAUCUGAUGGCCGGCGUAUCUGGAGGUGUUACUUCCACUUUGCUGCUGCACCCGCUCGAUCUUAUUAAGAUUCGGUUCGCGGUCAACGAUGGUCGUACAGCAUCGGUUCCACAGUACCGGGGACUCACCAGCGCUUUCCUGACAAUUUUCCGCCAGGAAGGCUUUCGAGGAUUGUACAAAGGAGUCACGCCGAACAUGUGGGGCUCUGGCAGCGCCUGGGGAUUCUAUUUUAUGUUCUACAAUACGAUUAAAACUUAUAUUCAGGAUGGAAAUACGGCCCAACCACUAGGACCGACUUUGCAUAUGCUGGCCGCAGCCGAAGCUGGCGUUCUGACGCUUGCCAUGACGAACCCGAUCUGGGUGGUAAAGACAAGGCUGUGUCUGCAAUGCAAUGAACGUGUCACGGCCGGAACUGGCACCGGUUACGCCGGUAUGGUAGAUGGCCUGACGAAGAUCUACCGCACGGAAGGAAUCCGUGGGCUUUAUCGGGGUUUCGUCCCGGGAAUGUUUGGUGUGUCGCACGGAGCGCUGCAGUUCAUGACAUACGAAGAAAUGAAGAACAAGUACAACCAGCACCGCAAGCGACCGAUCGACUCUAAACUGACAACCUCCGAGUAUCUAACGUUUGCAGCCAUUUCGAAGCUGAUUGCGGCCGCCGGUACCUACCCGUACCAGGUUAUUCGGGCUCGCCUGCAGGAUCAAAACCAUAGCUACAAAGGCACCUGGGACUGCGUUAAGCUAACUUGGAGAUAUGAGUCGUGGCGUGGAUUCUAUAAAGGUCUCGGUCCGAACCUGACCCGGGUCGUCCCUGCGACGAUGGUUACGUUCUUAACGUACGAAAAAGUAUCACAGUAUCUGUUGGAUAGAAGUAAAGCUAAGAGCAAGCAUUAACAAUGCACUCUCUCCUGCACUGGCAAAACGGAUACAGAGUCUUAGUCUAAGCUCACAGUUUGCCCCCCCCUUAAACCAUGCCGUAAAUUAUCCGGCUGGUCCCUUACUGGUCCCUUACUGGUCUUAUAACAUAACCAAAUAAUAGCUUUACGGAACACGAACAAUAAUCACAGCAUAAUUGUUAUAGUAUAAGCUUAUAGUUCCUUUAAUCAAAUAUUGAUUUCCGUAGCAACGUAGAGCAUAUAAUUCGCUUCUCUAGAUGUUUAUCAAAAACAAAAUUGAUUGUUUCUUACUGAUAGAGAGAUUAAUUUCUCUUUAUCAUCAUGUUGAAGGACUUCGUGAGUACAUUCACCGAUCAUCGAAAAAGCCGUUAAAGAACAUUUUUGUUAGGAGAAUUUUCAUUGGACAUUCCUAGAAUUGAUUCAAUUCAUGGUUCGUCCAAGUACAGUUUAACAAUUUCCAGUUUAAUAUCCUAAGAAACCAAUUGCGUGGGUGAGCUACGAACGACUAUGGAUGACUCAUCAGCAACUUCUCGCACAAUAGCAAAAGCCGUUGGAAAAAUAGAUUCUUGUUUAAGAAAACGUA